GGAGGCGGUAGGGAUGAGAUGGCGGAGUCGCUGCCCCUGGAGAUGCUCACAUAUAUUCUGAGCUUCCUGCCUCUGUCAGAUCAGAAAGAGGCCUCCCUUGUGAGUCGAGCUUGGUACUGUGCAGCUCAGAAUGCCCUUCGGGAGAGCCUGGGCCUCAGGGGCAUCUCCUGCAUCAGCCUGACCAAUCUGGAUGGUUCACUGGCUUCGCACAAGGUACUGCAAUCUGUGGCCUACCAUCUGGGCCCACACCUACAGAGUUUGUGCCUGGGUGGGGGCAGCCCCACAGAGGCCUCCUUUGUGGCCCUGAUCCUGGGCUGCCCGACCCUGCGUAUCCUUGACCUCAGUGGCUGCAAUAGCCUUUUCACCUCGGGCAUGCUGCUGGCUCAGCCUGAGACAGCACAGAGCGUCCGGCAGGCAUUAAGUGGACUCCGUGAGCUAAGCCUGGCUGGCCUGCGGGACCUGGCGGACCUCAGCUUCAAUCGGCUCAGCAGCUGUGCCCCCAGCCUGGAGCGCCUCUCCUUGGCCUACUGCCACCUCACCUUCGAGCUAAGCCUGGUCCGGGGUUCCAUUGGCUCCCAGGAUGCGUCCCCCUCCCAGUUUUCCUUCCACAACCUGCUGCGAUUCGUGAAGGAGCGGGCUGGCAGGCUGCAUGCCUUGGACCUGAGUGGCACUGGUUUGCCACCUGAGGCCCUGCAGGCCCUGGGCCAGGUAGCUGGGCUACAUUUGCAGGAGCUGAGCCUGCACAACUGCCGGGACCUCUCCACAGAGGCCGUGGCCACCCUGUGCCGCCAGCAACCAGGCCUUACCUCCCUGGAUCUCAGUGGCUGCUCGGAACUGACUGAUGGGGCGCUGUUGGCUGUGAGCCGGGGCCUGCGGCACCUGCGGCAUCUGGGCCUGGGGAAGCUGCAGCGGCUGACAGAUGUGGGAUGUACAGCCCUGGGGGCCCUGCGGGAGUUGCAGAGCCUCAACAUGGCUGAGUGCUGCCUGGUAAGCGGGCGGGAACUGGCCCAGACCUUGGGCUCCGUGCAUGGAUCUCCACCCCAUCUGACCUCCCUCAGUCUGGCCUAUUGCUCUUCACUGAAGUCACAUCUAGAGCUGGAGCACCGGGCCUCAGACCUGAAGGACCCCUGUCCCGAGCCACAGGGCCCCUCCCUGCUCAUGCUACAGGCCCUGCAGGAGUUGGACCUCACAGCUUGCAGCAAGCUGACUGAUGCCAGUCUGGCCAAGGUGCUCCAGUUCCCCCAACUGAGGCAGUUGUCACUGAGCCUGCUGCCGGCACUCACAGACAUGGGUUUGGUGGCUGUGGCCAGGGGCUGUCCCAGCCUGGAGCGCCUGGCACUGAGUCACUGCAGCCAUCUUAGCGACGAGGGCUGGGCCCAGGCAGCCAGUUCCUGGCCGAGGCUGCAGCACCUCAACCUGUCCAGCUGUAGUCAGCUCACAGAGCAAACACUGGAUGCCAUCAGGCAGGCGUGCAGGCAGCUCCGGGUGUUGGAUGUGGCCAUGUGUCCUGGCAUCAACAUGGCCGCUGUCAGGCACUUCCAGGCCCAACUACCGCAGGUAUCCUGCAUCCAGUCCCGCUUUGUGGGAGGGGCUGACUUAACCCUAACGCUCUGAGGCCAG